AUGAAGGUGCAAGGCGACCCUUGCAGGAAUGAACCCUGUUGCAUAUCCGAAGUUGUGAUGCACAACGCCGUGGGUCUCAAGGACAUGACAGAGGGCAGAGAGGGACAGAGACUAUUAUACUUCCAGAAUUCCCACCAUCAAGAUGAACUGGAUGCAGGCUCCCAGGGGAGCAUUCUUAUAUCACAAUCAGGAUCAAAGUACACAGACACUGAAUGUAUUGAAGUUACAGAAGACCUGUGCAAUGGCACUUCAGGAGAACUGGACAGUGUUAUUUCUUACUGUGACAAAAACGAUGUGGACAUGACAGAUGGCGUGACGGAAAUUUCUGAGGAUAGUCAGUCUUUACCUGAAGUUUACCCAUCUAGUGCAGUCGACGAUGAUGAGGACCUCACACCGGAAGUGCGGCAAGCCUUUAGAAUAUUCCACAGUUUUCUUUUGGAGAAGCACAAAGCUUUAAUUGCCCCUUUUUGGCUUCCUAUUGGUCCAGGGGACAUCAGAGAUGGAGAACCUGUUGCAAAUUCAAUAUGUUUCAAGAGGAUAGAGGAGAAGUUUGCAAAGCGUGAAUAUGAAACCAUCACAGAGUUUGUGGCUGACUUCAGGUUAAUGCUGGAGAACUGUUACAGAUUUCAUGGGGUUGAUCACUGGAUUUCUAAGCAAGCUCAGAAGUUGGAGAUCAUCCUAGAGCAGAAACUUACAUUGCUGUCAAGGACUCUUAGAGAGAAGACCACUCUGGCUGUGACCUCUAAAGGUCGCUUUGGGGCAGAGGAUGAGAAGGGCACAGGGGGCACUUCAACCAGAAGGAGGUCUGUGCCACGGAAUCUGGCUGCCAUCACAGUGGGUGGCAGCGAGUCCAUUAUGGUACAAGCCCUUAGGCUGGAGGAACAGCAGAGAGCCAAAGAGGAGAAGAGGCAGCGGGAGCUGGAGAAGAAGGAGGCUGAGGAGGCGUCGGCCAAAGAGGUCGAAGAGUGGGAGCGUGCCUUGCUGUCUCAGGCAGACCCUUGGCCAGUGGAGACGAUGUGGGAGCUACCUGCCAUCGGGCACUUCUUGUGCUUGGCACAGAAGGCCCUGAACCUCCCUGAGAUUGUCUUCUUUGAGCUGGAGCGCUGCUUACUGAUGCCGCGCUGCAGCUCCUUCCUCGCCAAGGUCAUGACCUCACUCCUGUGUCAGCCCCACAGACGGGCCACACUGCACCGACGCCCAGCACUGCCUUAUCGGCGGUGGGAGGCAGAGCUGAGGCGGCGGGUGGGAGGCUGGUAUCAAACAGUCGGCAGGGCAGAUGACCAGGGGUCACGGGCAGAGCAGCUGGGCCUUUGCCAGCGCUUUUUCUGUACUCUUGGAGAGACAAGUCCCCUGGAGGAGAGAGCUUUCCACUUGCUGCCUUUCAGUCAGCGCGUGUGGCUGCUCAAGGGCCUCUGUGACAAUGUUUACGAGACUCAGAAGGACGUGCAGGAUGCUGUGUUGGGCCAACCUAUCCACGAGUGCCGCGAGUCCAUCCUGGGCUAUGAUGGGCAGGAGAAUGCAUAUAUACACUUCCCACAUUUCUGCGGUGCUGAUUUGCGGAUUUACUGCCAGAGUCCUUGCAUGGAGCCAGAAUUUCCCUUGCCUGCAGUACUAGUAAAAAAAUUAGAGCGAGAUUCUACCGCCGAGGGGCCAGAAGUUUCCGUGGAAACGAGUGACAGACAUGAGGACAAACCAGGUAUGGAUCACCCUGUUGAUUGGGUGAAGGUUGAGAAUGGUGGUUCCAGCAGCAGGGACUCUGAGGUCUGGAGAGGGACAGAGGACUCCUUACAAGACAUGGGGGACUUGAACGGAGAAAAUGAACCUGAUCAGAAAAGACAAAGUAAUUUUAUUUUUCAUUGUAAAAAUGAUCCAGAGAGCCCUAAAAGAGUUAAAGAGGAGCUGGUGGAGGGAGAGCACAUUCAAUUCAAAAAAGAGGAGGGAGAAGAGUCCUCUGAUACAGAGCCUUGCCUGAGAGUAGGAGAAAACUGCUACAGAGGAAAGUCUCCUGCCAACUCUUGGGGCAGGGGAGAUAUGAAAUCUUCUAGUAGACCUGAAGAGGACUGCACUCAGGUGGAUGGAUCACUUGGAAGUGAGCAGGAUCCCUGUUCUGACUGUCAUAUAAGGUCUGAGCAAAAUUUAGAGACACACCCUUGCCAGUGUACCAAAAAGCUGGUCUCCAAAUCACCCACCCGAUUACCUUGGAACGCCAACUCGACGGAGGGGGAGGCAGGCCGAGUGCGCAGUAAAAAAAAGAAAAGGAAGAAAAAGAAAGGGAAGGAACUCCGGGUCAAGGGUGGGCCGAGUAAACUGGGCUCUGUGAAACUGAGUCAGGCCAAAGCAGCCAAAAGCACCCUUCGCAAAGCUGCCUGUACUAUCAAAAAAAAGGACAAAAGGAAAAAACGAAAGCUAGGAAAAAAGGUUGACGCUGACAAAGUGGUAAAGAAGGAGAAAGACGCUCCUCAAUUCCCAGUGGAGCCAACAUUUAAACUGGUUUGUUCCAGUCUAGAGGAGCUAAGAGAUCUGAUCAGCAAAACAGAGGAUGAGCUGGAUGAACUGGAGAGCACCAAAAAAAGAUCUGGAAGGUGGUAUUACAAGAGGGAGGCAGUAAAAGAGCUUCAUAUCACUCUUAUAAGACUGCUGAAUGAGUUAACACCAUGGGAACCAAAACUGGUUAAAGCCUUUCAAAGGAACAGAGCCCGACUGAAGAAAGACUACGAUGAUUUCAAGAAACAUCCUGAGUAUGACAAUUUUGUCAGAGAGGAGUUGGUGGUUGAGGAACUAGAAGGUGGCAUGUGUAAAGAGGGCUCCACAGAUGCAUCUCGAGAUACAGAAGAGGAGGAGGUACAAAAUGGAACUUCUGAUAUGGACCCUGGUGUGGCAGAGUAUCCACAUCUACUUGAAAACGAGCCAUUAGGAAGUGGCAUUAGGGCCAGUCUGGAAAUCCUCAUCACAUCCAAUGAGUCAGGGCCUUCAACGCGGAGUUCAAAGCGUCGUCUUAUUGGUAACAUGGGUGAGGACCUGAGCCCAAACAAAAGAAACAAAAUGUCAAGCGAGGACUCCUUGACUCCUGAAAUCUACUCAGAGGAUGGAAGCAAGAAACAAAAUGUUGAAACAAUGACCUUACAGGUUUCAGAGAAGACCCCAGGGGUGUCUACACCAGUGUCUGGUUUUCAUGGACGCUGUAAGCCAAUCCAGGCUCUGUUGGCCAAGAGUGUUGGGAACAAAGUGACCUUAAUAAGUCAGUCUCAGGCAGCAGCUAUGGCCCAGGCUUUGCAAGUGCAAACCAAGACAGUGCCUACUUCCACACAUGAAAUUAAAUCCGUUUCAAGCAGUCAGCCAGCACCACUAACAGUGCCCAUUACCACUCAGAUACAGACAGCUGCAACCACAUCCACACCAAAGAGUCCCGUCCAGUUAGUCUACAAGAUGUCAGGAGGCUUGGGUUUGUUCAGAAAGGAUGGCAGCCAAGUGAAAUUUGCAGUGCAGCCUGUUUUGGACCAGAAAACUGGGGAUAAGACAAUGCAGCAGGUUGUUAUCUUGCCAAAGAAUCUGGUCAUUCAGAAGUCUUUCGAGGAGAAGACAGCUGCACAGGGAACCAGAGUCAUCACUGUCCCCACUUCAAAAACUCCAUCCAGCUCUGCAUUCACUAUACCAGAAAAGAUUCCCAUCCAGCAGGUAGCGCCUCUGAAAGACACACGUGUUGUGCGUACGCCGUCUCCAGUUGUAUCUCCUAGUAUGAGUAAAGUAAUACCACUUAGUGGAAGUUCCCAUGUUGCCAAAGGGACUACUGACCAAAAUGUGACUCCAAAUAGAUCCCCUGCUCCCAGUGCAACCCCUACUGAUCCCAGUCAAUGUGAUCUCAAGCAAGAACUGAAGACAGUGUGCAUCAGAGACUCCCAGUCCAUCCUUGUCACCACAAGAGGGGGCAACACUGGGGUGGUCAAAGUUCAGACAUCAGACCAGGGUGCAUCAGGAACAUUACCAGCCAGCCCGGUCUUUACCAUCCCUCCUCACUUGCAAGCUUUUCUGGUGUCUAAGUCAUCUUCUACUGCGAAAUCCAAUCCAACAGCAGUUUCUGCUAAUACUACAGCCCAGUCACUACCUGCUGCUACGCCUCGGAUAAGCAGAAGUACCUCGCUGACUUCUGUACCCCAUUCUCCUUCUACAGGUGCCAUUCCGGGGAAUGCAGCAAUGGUAGCCAGAUCAUCUAUUUCUUUGGCCUUGAACCAUCCUCACAAUAACUCUCCCUUCUCUGUAGUGUCUGGUGCAAACAGUCCAACCACAGCUGCUCAGACAUUGAUUAGUGCUAACUCACAGUUAUCUCCCAACUCUCAAAACAAUGUUAAUGCACAGAUUUCACCUGUGAAGAUUGGCCAAGGAGUUACCCUGACAACACCACCAAAAAAUAUCAUAAAACCUCCAUCAAAAAGGUCUCAACCUCAAGACAAGGUUUCAGACCAGGCCCACUCUCAGAAAAUUUUUGUUGUCUCACCAUCUUCAGAUAUUUCUGCAGCUUCAAAAAUCACCACUCCCACAACUCUAACAGUUCCAGGACCAAGGGUAGUGUUCAUUAGUCAGGCACCUGGCUCUACUUAUUCUACUGUUACUGUUCCUAAAGGAACCUUGAGCUCUGGGCUUGCCACUACACCAUCGACCACUACAUCUUCACUAAAAUUUGGCAGCAGUACCCCUGGUGAAGCAAAUAAAAUAGUCCAUGAGGGUAUUAGUGUUCCAGAGUUACCUUCAAAGCUACUGGAAGUUGCCGCGAAUGUGAACAGUAAAGCUGUUACACUGCCUGAGACAACCACACAAACCACACCUGUUUCAGUCUCUAAGGUUCAUGCAACUUCUAGUGGACUCAUUUUUGUUCAGAGAAAUAAUCCAGUCUCAAGCAGUGGGAGUCAGUCUGUGAACUCCAGUAACCAAGUCAAAGGAAGUGUUUCCUUUGAAGGCAAAAUUAUGACAUUUUCUACUUUAAGCUCGGGACAUAUGGCUUCUUCUUCCCUCCUGACAGCUGCCCAACAACAAAGUGUACCCUCAUCAAUGUCGUCUAGUGUCUCCGAGGCUUCCAGCAACAGAUCACAUCAAACUGUAGGAAGCUCCGCACUGAAUGUUGUUCCACAAUACUUGGGAAAUCUGAUCAGCAGAGACACAAUGUUGAUGAGGGGUGUGGUAGUCAACAAGCCACGGUUUCCUGCACCACUUCCUACAGGACCUGCACCAGUCAGACUACCAACAAUUACAUCUCCACUUAGGGUCACCCAUCCAGUGACCUUAAGCAGCACCACACAAGCCAUAAGCACGCCUACGUCUACCCCUUUGCCUAUUACAACUUCUAUUGUCAGGCCUAUUAAUCCCACUUCUGCUGCUACAACUGUGCAAGAAAAAAUUGUCAUAAAUACCACUGCUCCACUUGCUCCUGGCACUCAGAUCCUCAUCAACAACACCCGCCUUGUGGUUCCUGCUCAAGGUCUUGGACCAGGCAGUCAUGUGUUGCUCAUUACUAGCCCAGCUGUGCCCCGUGGAGUUGAUGACUACUGUCAGGGCACCUUUGUCAUCCAGUGGUACUACAAUGCUUACACAAGACUUAAAGACACAACAACAAAAGCACCAUUGGUGUCAGCUGUGCAGCCAGCCAAGAAGAUUAUAUCCAGAAUCCAGGCUUUACCAGUGGUCACUGUGCCGUCGGGCAGUGUUCCAACACAGACAGCUGUAUCUGGUGUGUCAACAAACCUGAACUCUGGUAAACUGUUGGUAAGCCCAGAUGGCGCUGUUUUGAAUGCAGUUAGAGGUCCUGCCUUCUCCAGUUUCCCAGUGAUGGCUAAGCCAGUGGCAGCUCAAACAGUAAUUUCUACCACCAGUAAUUUGUCAGUGCUGUCUGUACAGGAUCCUCAGCAGUCAGCAACCCCGGACAAAUCAGCAGGACCCAAUCAAUGA